UGCUGUUGCUGUAAGAACGGGUUGUAACCAAUAUAGGCUAGGCUAUAUUGCCCUGCAAACAUUUUUUUUUUUUCAAAAAUGACAUGCUAAAACCGUAUUUACCUUUAAAUUUACGCCUUUAUAAUGAAUAAUGUCACGAUUGUUGAUGACAGAGGUUUAUCUAAUAAUAGUUCGUGGAGUUUGCCGACCCUCCUCAAAAAAGCGCUCCAUCCCAUUGGGACGAUAAUUCCUCUUCGUUGAGAAUCAGCGCACUAAAACCUGUAAUGGAGCAGCAGCUGCACGCACAACCCACUACAUGAGUUACAACUUCGUUUUAAUGAGAGUAAAGACCAGGCCGUGUGAUAUUAGACAGCAUGGGUAAAGUCAUGCUGCUCUUCCUGGUACUGUUGGCCCUUUCACCUAAGACUAGGGGCCAGAGGAGACCCACGGGACCAAGAGGCAAUAGCAGGGGUCAAGUGUGUCCCCUGGAGCUGGCGUUUAUCUUGGACAGCUCGGAGAGCGCCAAGCACCUCCUGUUCGAGAGGCAGAAGGCCUUCGUGGACACGUUCAGCCGCGGGGUCGCGCAGCUGCAACCGAGCGGCUGGGAACUGGACAUCCGACUGGCCGCCAUCCAGUACAGCAGCACCGUAUUCGUGGACCAGCGUUUCUCCGACUGGCAGAGCUUGGAGCACUUCCUGCAGAGCGUGGCCAGGAUGGCCUACAUCGGCCAGGGCACGUACACCACCUACGCCAUCACCAACGCCACGCAGCUCUUCGCCCAGGAGACCAAGCCGGAGAGCGUGCGCGUGGCACUGCUCAUGACCGACGGCUCCGACCACCCCAGGAACCCGGACGUGAUCGCGGCAUCCGCCGAGGCGAAGGGCAGCGGCAUCAAGCUCUUUGCCCUCGGCCUUUCGGACCAGGCGCGGCAGAGCCAGAGUAGUGCCAAGUUGCGUUCCAUGGCCAGCUCUCCUGCCAAGAUGUACGUCCACUCCCUCACAGAGGCCAACCUGGAGGAGACUCUUCUCAAGGAGAUUAGUGCCAUUGCUAAAGAGGGUUGUCUCAAGGCACAACCUCUGGUGUGUGCGUGUGAGAAGGGAGACAGAGGCCUGGCAGGAAGUCCAGGCAAAAAGGGAGACGCAGGAUAUGAUGGGCCUCCAGGGCCAAAGGGCUCAAUGGGGCCGCCUGGUGUGGAUGGCAGGCCUGGCAUCGAUGGCGAAGAGGGGGCGUCAGGUUUUAAAGGUGAUAAGGGCGAGAGAGGGGACUGCGGUGCCCCGGGGGUGAAAGGAGACACGGGCCUGAUGGGACUGUCUGGGCCACGGGGAUUUAAGGGAGAGCAGGGUCACUUGGGCCCUCCAGGCGACCAAGGCCCAGAGGGACUCCCAGGGCCUAAAGGAGAUCGGGGACCUGUUGGUGCUUCUGGGCUACAAGGUGACAUUGGCAUAGGAUUCCCAGGUCAAAAGGGUGACAAAGGCAACCAAGGACGGCCAGGACCUGCUGGUCUUGUAGGGGUUGGACAGCCAGGUCAAGCAGGCCCCCCGGGAGCACCAGGGCCACAGGGCAUUCAAGGCGUCCCAGGUGAGGGUCUACCCGGACCCAAGGGGGAAAGAGGCUACGAGGGCCCCAAGGGUGGCCGUGGUCAAACAGGAGUUGGAAGCAAAGGUGAUAAGGGAGGUGCAGGACCCCCCGGUGUUCAAGGUCCAGUGGGAGCUCCUGGACUGGGAAUCCAAGGAGAGAAGGGCAACCAAGGGCCAUUAGGCCCACCUGGUCCGAGGGGGCCUCCAGGCCUGGGGAUUAUGGGACCAAAGGGAAACCAAGGUUUCACCGGUGAACCCGGACUCCCUGGAGAGCGGUCUAUUGGGAAUCCUGGUCCAAAAGGGGAGCCUGGUCUACCAGGUUUGGCUGGAGCCUCUGGCAUCCCUGGAGUUGAUGGGGCCUCAGGGCCAAAGGGUGAUCCAGGCUUACCUGGGCCUAGAGGGCAGGAUGGCCCACCUGGAAGGGGCUCACCUGGAGUAAAGGGUGACAGAGGGGACAGAGGUGGACGAGGCCAGCCUGGGGGGGCGGGGCCUCCCGGGCCUGCAGGACCGAAGGGAAGCCCUGGCUCUCCUGGUCCACCAGGAAGCGUGGGACCUCCAGGGAGGGGUAUACCAGGAGAAAAGGGAGACUCGGGUCCAGUCGGUCCUGCAGGCACAGUGGGGGAACCCGGCAUUGGUAUUGCAGGCCCGAAGGGUGAGAGAGGAAUACCUGGAGCACUUGGGCUACCUGGGGCCAAAGGGGAGGGCUAUCCUGGCCCACAGGGAGUCCCAGGAGUAAAGGGACCUCUAGGAGAACCUGGUCCAGAGGGAAGAGGUCUACCAGGACCAAAGGGAGACCGUGGCGCCACAGGACUCCCUGGGUUUCCCGGGGCAACAGGGACAGGACAGAUUGGACCCAAGGGUUCCAUGGGUCCGUUGGGCCCACCAGGUCCACAGGGCCCUCCUGGGGAAGGCAUCCAAGGGCCAAAGGGUGAUAGUGGCUAUCAGGGAGUCCCAGGCCCAAGAGGUCCUCCAGGAGAGGGCCUAACAGGUGCGAAGGGGGACAGAGGCUUCCCAGGGGAGAAGGGCAAGAAGGGCGACAUAGGAGGACAUGGAGAGCCUGGGUCAGCUGGACCUGUGGGCAGAGUUGGAGAAAAGGGGGAGGCUGGUCUGACAAGAGAAGAGGUCAUUGAAAUUGUCCGGUCAAUAUGUGGCUGUGGGGUGCGCUGCAGAGUGAGCCCCCUAGAGCUGGUCUUUGUGAUCGACAGCUCUGAGAGCGUGGGCCCAGAAAACUUCGACGUGGUCAAGGACUUUGUGAACGGCCUGAUUGACAAGGUGUCCGUGAGCCCGGACGUGACUCGCGUGGGCGUGGUGCUGUACAGCCACAUCAACGUGGUGGUGGUGAACCUGUCCCAGGUGGCGCCGCGCGACCACGUCAAGUCCGCCGUGCGGCGCAUGAUCUACCUGGGCGAGGGCACCUACACGGGCAGCGCCCUGCGGCAGGCCAACGAGCAGUUCCGGGCGGCCAGGCCGGGCGUGCGCAAAAUCGCCGUGGUGAUCACCGACGGGCAGACGGACACCCGCGACCAGGUGAAGCUGGAGGAUGCCGUCCGGGAGGCGCACUUGUCCAACAUUGAGAUGUUUGUCAUCGGGGUUGUCAACCAGAGUGACCCGUUCUUUGGGGACUUCAAGCAGGAGCUCAACAUCAUGGCAACUGACCCAGAUGAUGAGCAUGUUCAUUUGAUCAGUGACUUUGCCACACUGCCAGCUCUGGAGCGCCAGCUGCUCAAGAAAAUCUGCGAGACUAAUGACGGAGCCCAGUUCAGCCGGUUCCCCAGCUCCAACCUCCCGCCGGGCACCCAUACCCCGUGGGCAGAGACUCGGGAACAGCCCGAGAGGACGGACACGCCCACGUUUACCGGAGACCACAGGAGGACACACACAGGGCCUGGAGCUCCUGGGGGUUAUGAAGAUCCAGCAAGACCCAGCAUAGACGCUACAAGCAGAGUGGACAGUGGGAAGUCCUGGUGGUACAAUGGCGGAGUUGCUCCCUUCCCCUAUGUGCCCCCUGAGGAGCCACGCUGGCAUCCCAAUGGGCCUGAACACAGGUCCCCCACACAGCCGGAGUCUCCUCCUGCACCAAGCCUAGAAUCUUCCAUCACAUUACCCAGCAACUUUACACAAGAUGAGAAAUGCAAAGAUACCCUGGAACCAGGUCCGUGCCGGGACUAUGAGGUCAAAUGGUACUAUGACCGCAAUGCCAAUGCGUGUGCCCGGUUCUGGUAUGGAGGAUGUGGAGGCAACAGGAACCAGUUUGAAUCGGAGAAGAGUUGUAAGAAGUCCUGUGUGGGAGUAUAAUCGUCUGUCACAUGAGACACUGAAAUGCAAUAUUCAGGAGCUAUAAAAUUAGCCUCAGAAAAACAUGUAUUGGAAAGUAUGAACUGUAUGUCAUGAGACCUGGUUGCAUAUAUCCAACCUGCUUUAAGUACUCAGAACAUAGGAAUUAAGUACCUCAACAUAUAUAGAAAAACUUGGCACUGAUCAUUCUAUUAUGGUAGCAGUCAUGUUAUAUGGUAAUAUAAGUCACAUAAUUUCUCCAUACACAGUACAUAAUAGGAAAUGGUGCUACACUUUAUUAUAAAACAAUUCUAA